UUGUUUAUUAGAUGCACAGAUGGUCUUCAAUAUAUUUAUUUCUCUUUUUGUGACAGCAACAUAGCAGCUACACUCUUGUUGUGAAAGCAUCAGACCGGGAUGGGGCUGCAGAUGGAAUAUCAUCCCUUUGUAGCUGUAAUGUGAAAGUCAUUGAUGUUAAUGACAACUUUCCAACUCUUGCUCAAAGCUCUUUUUCAGCAAGUAUUUCAGAAAAUUCUCUCAGUUCAGAACUGCUACGAAUACAAGCUCUGGAUGCUGAUGAAGAGUUUACAGACAACUGGUUAGCAGAGUUUUUCUUUAUAUCCGGUAAUGAAGAUAACUGUUUUGAAAUUGUUACAGAUCGAGCUACAAAUCAAGGAAUCCUUAGAGUAAUUAAGGAACUGGAUUAUGAACAGCUUCGAAGUCACUCACUGAUGAUUGGUGUCAGGAAUGUAGCUGCCUUCCACCACUCUGUCGCACAGGACUAUCAAAUAUUUGGAACACCCCUCACAAUAGAAGUAAAAAAUUUGAUUGAACCACCAAGAUUUCACCCAUCUUCAGUUGUGUUUAACCUGGCACAUGGCGCAAAAGCGAAUUAUGUUAUAGGAACCUACACAGCCAUGGAUGAGGACACCAGAGCUAUCGCAUCAAACGUUGUAUAUAGCAUAGGACGUGAUCCAGCUGCCUGGUUCAGAAUCAAUCAAAACACUGGUGAAAUCACCCUGAACAAGGUCAUUAGCCGGGAUUCAGUCUACAUAGUCAAUGGGCAGUACCAAGCAGAGGUUCUGGCUAUCACCAGAGGGUCUCCUCGAUAUACUGCUACUGGCACCAUUGUGCUUUCAAUAGAUGACAUCAAUACCAACUGCCCAACUAUUAAUACUGAAAUGAGGAAAGUAUGUAUGCAUUCCCCAUCAGUGAUUAUCUCAGCAAAGCCCAGGGAUGGUGAUCUAUAUGCUACCCCCUUUACAUUCAGCAUACAUGGUGAACCUCAGACUACAUGGAUUAUCAGACGAAUAAAUGGUUCCUCUGCAGAGCUAGUGGGCCAGAACAUAGACUUUUACCUUUACAGGAUCCAUGUGGUUGUAAGAGAUAGCCAAGGCCGACGCUGCGCUAGACCACACAUAAUUCCUGUGCAGGCUUGCCAGUGUGACAGUCGGAAUUACUGCACCAGUGGGGCCACAAGAAUAAUUAUCAUCGGUGGUGGUGGUGGUGGUGGCGGCACUGGUGGUGGCACCGGUGGUGGCACUGGUGGUGGCACUGGUGGUGGUACUGGUGGUGCCACUGGUGGUGGCACUGGUGGUGGCACAACUGGUGGUGGUGGGGGUACUGGAGGAGGCCGGGAAGAUGGAGGAGGCCAGCAAGGUGGUGAUGGUGGUGAUGCGGGAUAUGGAGAUUAUCAGCCCCACACAGAAUGGGAGAGUUAUACAGAUGGAUAUGAAGGAGGUGAGGAAGGAUACACUGCAUCCACUGAUGAUAGUUACACUGGAGGAGAAAAUUACGGCAGAGACUACCAAUCAAAUACCACACUUAGCGGUGCUGCCAUUGGCCUGAUGUUUCUCGGUGGAUUAAUAUUUGUUCUGAUCCCAAUUUUGAUGUCAAUGAGUGACUGUUGUGGCUGUGGACCUGGCGCCGCAGGUGGAGUUGGAACUGGAUUUGAACCUGUACCUGAAUGCACAGAAGGGGCAAUUCAUCCAUGGGGAAUAGAAGGUGCACAACCUGAAGACAGGGAUGUCUCACAUAUUCUUGGCCCAACAACAGCUGCAGGAGGUGAUUUUGGUGAACCUUCUGACAUAUAUAAUAACACAUAUGGAGGAGGAGGAGUAGUAGCUUCUGGUGCUGAAGAAACUACAGGGGUUGGCUAUGGCACUGGUACUGGCUACGGAACAGCUGGAGGAAUUUCUGGAACAGGGGAAGUAAAAGGGUCGAUUGGAGGAACGAUAAAAGAGUAUCGAGAAGGAGGCGUGAACAUGGCCUUCCUAGACAACUAUUUCUCUGAGAAAGCAUUUGUGUAUGCAGAUGAAGAUGAAGGCCGGCCGGCAAAUGAUUGCCUAUUGAUCUAUGAUCACGAAGGGGUCGGCACUCCUGUUGGCUCCGUGGGUUGCUGCAGCUUUAUUGGAGAAGACACAGAUGAAACAUACUUGGAUACUUUAGGACCAAAAUUUAGGACCCUAGCAGAGAUCUGUCUGGGCAAAGAGAUUGAUCCUUUCCCUGACACCAACCCACCCUGGCCAGGCGUCAACAUCCCCUUCCCCAGCCCCGAAAGUGAUCUAAACCUGCCGCCACCCGGUACCACCAUCGUUGUCAAUGGAAGUGCACCUAUGCCUCCCCCAGUCGGCACCACAACGGUUGUCACCGAAAACACCUACACGUCUGGGGCAACCAUMCAGCCCCCGAGGCCGAUGCCGGAUCCCCUACUCCAUGGCAACAUGACGGUGACCGAGACCUACACCUCCGGCACCCCCUCUCUCGGCGUUGACCCUCUGCGUGCAUCCAACGUCGUGGUGACAGAGMGGGUUGUGGGGCCCGCGUCCGCCUCUGAUUUGCGUGGCAUGCUGGAUAUCCCUGAUCUCACAGAGGGCUCCAAUGUCAUCGUCACGGAAAGAGUAAUUGCGCCUAACUCCCGACUCCCGGCGUCUCUGAGCAUUCCCGAUUUGGUAGAUGGGUCAAACGURGUCGUGACAGAAAGGGUGUUCAGGCCUGCCUCAGGCAUGCCAGGCAGCCUGAUAAAUAUUCCUUCAGAGCUAUCGAACGCCCACAACGUGGUGGUCACGGAGAGAGUAGUGUCAGGGUCUGGGAUGAGCGGCCUGGGAGGAACGAGCCUGGGGGGAGCAAAUCUGGGGGGCCUGAGCAGCACGGGCCAGAUGCUCAGUGCUGACAGUGCCUUUGGCCAGGGAAUGAGCACGGCGUCUCCAGGCACCUCCCGGAGACGAGUGACAAAGUACAGCACCGUGCAGUACUCCAGUCAGUAAGGCCUCUGCUGGCUCCCCUUCCUGCWGAAAUCACCGUUUGCACCGACACUCAUUAGCUGCCACCCAUCAAGAAUAUUGUUAUUAUUUAUAACUAAGAAAUAGYGCUAACAUUUCAGAGAUUCCUGCUUGUGUGAGGAUCUCUGAAGGGUGCCCCGUUCCGAGGUCAAAUGCAGGACUUAGUCAGUGAAGGGAAAAUAGAAGUUAGUUUUAAAUUUAUUUCUUUCCCUCCACCUCGCACUGCAAGUGUAUAAACAGACUCUAGUAUUUUUGGAGAUAUCUGAUGGUGGAGGAGAGCAGUGAGAGGGGAUCCUUGUGUGCACAGGAUCUGAAUUAAUGGUGUACAAAAGCAUGUUAAAAUACUGUGCAGCUGAGUGAUCUCUCACAAUAAGCAGAUUUGGGUUAAUAGCCCCUCACUGACAAGAGAGGAAAAGAAUGUAGUUAAUAAUUAGUCAACUCAAGACUAAAUAAGCACUUUCAAACGCAUCAUUUUACUUUGCAUGUAAUUCAAGGAGCGCUACAAAACGGCACUUUCAACCAUUUCUCCCACCAYCACCAAUAGUUAUAAAUAAUAAUUAUCUAAACAUAUUACACUUCCAUUGCUUUCUGAAGUUCUCAGUAAACAAACACUCUGCCACAGCCUGCCAUGCUGUUACUCUCAUGGUGAGGAGCGUGACCAGCGAUUCGUCGCAGCUGGUGAUGCCACRUUGACACUGUCACCAAGGAAGAUGUUGGCUUCAUCUUUUCUCCAUUACAGCUUUSCUUAAAUCUAAAAGGACUUCAGUGACAACCAGGAACUCUUAGUCAGAUUUUUGUGCCAAAAUACCAUCCAAAUCACCAAUGUCAGGUUAUAUUAAAAGGGCUAUAAUAUACCAUGCCAAUUCUCAUUUCAAAUACUGAAAAGAAAAAGAAAGUCUUAGAAGCUUUAUGAUGUGAGGAGGCAAUAGCAAGUAUUGUAUUACUGACACUGGUAGCUGAAGUCUUCCUGAAAAGAAAAAAAACAAAA